CUUAGCGACUUGUUCGGUGGCGGCUGCUGAUGCAGAGGAGAGCGAGUCAGAGCUGGACGUCACUUAUGAAGAAAGUCUCAGUGACGACGACAUGUCCACGGACCGAGACUCAGACGACCAGCAGAGGGAGCCCAUGAGCCCGUGCUUCAGUAACUACAUCCCUGUGAUGCGCCUGGUGCAGUCUGUUCAUCACACGAAGAAAAGAACUGAGGGAGUUUUGAAAGAGGGAUGGCUCCUGCACCACACCAACACCGACUCACUGUUUUGUAUGAUCUGCUUCAGAGAAAACGUCAUUACUGGAUUUUGGACUGCAAGACCAUCACUUUAUAUCAAAAUGAGAGCAGUGUGAAAUAUUACAAGGAGAUCUGUCUGUCCAAAGUGCUCCAAGUCCGUGGCCCCGUGCUCUUCUCUGCCCCGAUCUCACCCAUGGACUGCAGUUGUAACAGCAGUAUUAACUGUUGUAGUAGUAGUAGAAGUAGUAGUACUCAUUCCUUCGAGUUGGUGACUUCCUCUCAGGUUUACUGCGUCGUGGCUGGAGACGAGAGCGUUUCUUGGGAGAGCGCAAUCCGACAGGCCCUGAUGCCCGUCCAGAGCAGUACCACUUCCAACCAGCAGGGGCAAAGUGCAGAGUCUUGGUAUGGCAUGGACAUUAGCUGCACAUAUCAGAUCUUCACCAAUGAAGUGCUGGGUUCAGGCCAGUUUGGAGUCGUCUAUGGAGGUGCACACAGGACGUCUGGUCGGGCAGUUGCCAUAAAAGUCAUCGACAAAACUCGCUUUCCCACAAAACAGGAGCGUCAGCUGAGGAACGAAGGGGCCAUACUCCAGAGUCUGUCCCACUUGGGUGUGGUUUUGCUGGAGGGGAUGUUUGAAACCUCGGAUCAUGUUUUUGUGGUGAUGGAAAAACUUCACGGCGACAUGUUGGAAAUUUUGUCUAGUGAAAAAGGAAAACUCCCUGAACGCAUCACACGCUUUCUUGUAAUACAGAUUCUGGAGGCUCUGCGUUACCUGCAUUUAAAACACAUCGCUCACUGUGAUCUAAAACCUGAAAAUGUGCUUCUGACUUCUGCAGAUCCUCUCCCUCAGGUGAAGCUGUGUGACUUUGGCUUUGCCCGUAUCAUUGGGGAGAAGUCUUUCCGGCGCUCCGUGGUGGGCACUCCCGCAUACCUGGCCCCAGAGGUGGUGGGUUUGGGGGGAUACAACCGUUCCCUGGACAUGUGGUCUGUGGGGGUGAUCCUCUACGUGAGUCUGAGCGGGACUUUCCCCUUUAACGAAGACGAAGACAUCAAACAGCAGAUCACCAACGCGUCCUUCAUGUACCCACGACAGACAUGGGCGCCCAUUUCACUGGAGGCUGUGAAUCUGAUUAGUAACCUGUUGCAAGUGUCCACAAGGAGGCGCUAUAGUGUGGGCAAAGCUCUGGGACACUUCUGGCUCCAGAACUUCCAGUUGUGGUGUGACCUGAGGGAGUUUGAGCAGAGGAUCGGCUGUCGAUAUCUGACCCACCAAAGUGACGAUGAGCGCUGGAGAAACUAUGCCCAAGAGAGGAGCCUGGACCUGCCCCCCCACCUGCUCUGGGACCCGCUCCCUCACCACACCCGGGACAUGUGACCACUCAAGACUGACCAGAUCGUAGCCCAUGGAGAUGAGGCAGGCGCGGAAGUCGUCUGGGUCCAUCAUGCCAUUCCUCUUCUGCAGAGGAACAUCACACAAGUUUAACAAACAUUUACAGUAAAAUAAUGCCAGCAUUUAUAGAUGUAUUUGUAAGAGGUGUUAGAGCAGACCCUGUCGAAGUGGUUGAAGGAGGCUCUGAACUCGUUGAGCUGUUCCUGGCUGAUGCCCUUGGCGUCGCGGGUCAGGAUCUGGUUCUCCACCUCGUUGAUGGUUCUUGCAAUGGUGGUGAGCAGCUGCUCCCAGCCCACGCGGAUGUGCUGCACACAUAUCAGACUUUAGUGGUACACUUACACUAGGAGGACAGACGUGUAUAUUAUUUAGUAUACCAUAGUUGUAAAAAAACAGUGAAACCUUUUAGUGAAUUCACUUUCAUUCACAAUGUUUUUUUUGUUUUUUUUUUUGCACCAAGUACAACUUAAAAUAAUAUUUGGCUUUUCAAGUACCACCAGAUAAAAAAUGAAGACUAAAAAAGGCCUAAAGCCUAUAGAUGUGUCUAUAAAUUAAACAAAUACUCAAUCAGUGUUCCAUUUUGAGAAACACUGGUCUGAUGGAUAAACCACUUAUGUGAUUAUUACUUAAUGUGAUUAUGGAUUAAAUUUAUUAUGUUUGUUAUUUAUAUUCAGUCUAUUUGUAUUUAAGACAUUUUUUUAUGUAUGCCUUAUUUUAUUUGAGAAUAGUUUAUAUUUCCUAAUAUUAUUCAUUGUUUCAUGUUGCACCAUAUCACCCAAGUAUAUUAUUAUGAGUUACAUUUGUGAAUUAUGUUAUAUACUGACAAUGACAAUAAAUCUUUUUCUGAUUCUGAUGAUUUUUGGAAUGCAGAUCACACCUCACUCCCCUCACACCUAAAUCAGAUAAUAAUGCUUUAAAAUCCACCAGUUACUUCUGUGAUUCUUUAGAUUUUUCAAUUGUAACAUCUAUGAUAAUACUUCUUUCUAAAAUCAUAGUGCGUGCCCUCCCUGCUCAGA